AUGAUGCCCACAGAACUCACGAACCCUAUUCCUGGCAUAUUCGGUGACUACAGCUAUGACUCCACUACUUCCAUAGACGAAUUCACGGAUUUCACUGCUGCCGGUGACCUCUUCUGUGAGAAAAACAAUGUCAGGCAGUUUGCAAGCCAUUUCCUUCCACCUCUGUACUGGCUUGUGUUCAUUGUGGGCACCCUGGGCAAUAGCCUGGUCAUCCUUGUCUACUGGUAUUGCACAAGAGUGAAGACCAUGACUGACAUGUUCCUUUUGAACUUGGCAAUUGCUGAUCUCCUCUUUCUUGCCACUCUUCCCUUUUGGGCGAUUGCUGCUACUGGCCAGUGGACAUUCCAGACCUUCCUGUGCAAGGUUGUAAACAGCAUGUACAAGAUGAACUUCUAUAGCUGUGUGCUACUCAUCAUGUGUAUUAGUGUGGACAGAUACAUUGCCAUUGUACAGGCCAUGAAGGCUCAGAUCUGGAGGCAGAAAAGGCUUCUGUACAGCAAGAUAAUCUGCAUUACCAUCUGGGUAAUGGCAGCUGUGCUCUGUAUCCCAGAAAUCCUGUACAGCCAAACCAGUAGGGAAUCUGGCAUUGACAUAUGUACCAUGGUCUACCCUAAGGAUAAGAAUGCCAAGCUGAAAUCAGUUGUUUUGAUCCUGAAGGUCACCUUGGGGUUUCUCCUCCCCUUCAUGGUCAUGGCUUUCUGUUACACUAUCAUCAUUCACACCCUGGUACAGGCCAAAAAGUCAUCCAAGCACAAAGCCCUAAAGGUGACCAUCACUGUCCUCACUGUCUUCAUUAUGACUCAGUUCCCCUACAACUGCAUUCUUGUAGUGCAGGCUGUUGACGCCUAUGCCAUGUUCAUCUCCAGCUGUGAUAUUUCCACCAACAUUGACAUCCUCUUCCAGGUCACUCAGACCAUUGCUUUCUUCCACAGUUGCCUGAACCCAGUUCUGUAUGUUUUUGUGGGUGAGAGAUUCCGCAGGGAUCUCAUGAAGACCCUAAAGAACUUGGGAUGCAUUAGCCAGGCCCAGUGGGUUUCAUUCACGAGGAGAGAGGGUAGCUUGAAGCUUUCUUCCAUGCUAUUGGAGACAACCUCAGGGGCUCUCUCCCUCUGAAAGAAGUUCUCAAUGAGACAGAUGGUCCUUUUGGGAAUGAUGAGAUAUAUAGACACAGACAACAUAGUCGCCCGACUGAUGAGACUACAGAGAAAACAAAUCAUAAGAAAAUGAGAAAAAAACAAAACAAAGUAAAAACAAACUAGGAUGAGCCUAACCAGCUUGAUCAUGCUCAGUCAGGAUAUGCCAAAGUCUUCAAAACUGACCACACCAGCAGGGCACUAGCUGUGUUUUGGCUGGAGUAACUGCAGCUCUGAGGAGGAUACUUG